AUGAUUUCUCCGAUCCAAGCAUUAAGCGCCUACAUCUACAAGUACUGCGACAAGACGUCGACGCGAUACGUGAAUGGCCAAGCGAUAACCCAUGUUUCCCACAACAGCAAAGUCACUCGAGCAUUAUUGUCACCCGAGCCGGAGCCGGAAGCCAUCACAUCAGACUUCUCCGAGCCGCCGCCCUAUGGCGAUGUUCUCCCUCCCCCAGCUUAUCAGUCCAUCGUCGGCCGUCUGUGUCUUAUUGACCGAUCCGACCAGACCUUCAAAAUCUACCAGACUGAUUUGAUGAUGCUCAGUCGCGAGUGGAGUCGCCGGGCUGGAUUAAAGGGGGACGCACUGGAAUCAGUUGUUGGUGGUCCUCAAAUGGCCCCGAGAAGAGUCGUGAUCAUGAUCGACCUCUUCAUGUCCAUCGUCCAACACCAACCUUGUCCUCGUCCCAACGGCGCGCCUUCCUGCGAAUGCCGGAUAAAACGUUGGGCUUGUCUCAAACAAGAAUGGAUCGAAGUCAUGUUUCUUCUCGGAAACCAAUGCUGA